AUGUUUGUUGGAUCUUCUUUUGUUACUUUCUUGAUCAUCAUUUUCUCUGUCAAUAUAAUUCAAGCUACAAAUCAUCGGCGUCAGAAUUGUCCUCCUGUGAUAACGGAGGAUCUUCAUCCUUAUGGUAUCAAUAUCCCUAGAACUAAUCCAGAUUAUUGUGUUGGAUUUGAAAUCACUUAUCCUACUGAACCUGGUCUGUCGUAUCAAAGUGGCUCUAUGGCUAGGAUUGCUUGGAAAGUGGAUAAAUCUAAAAUGAAGAUCCCUCCUGACUCUAUUACUCGUAUUCGUGUCUUAAAUAAUGGUCAACUUGCUGAAAGUAUUCCUGGUGAAAAUAUGACUAUCUAUUCAUUAAAUGAUCAUAGUGGUGAAGCAACUUUUCCUUUAGAAAUCUAUGAUGAAUCAGCUCAGUAUCAUUAUAGAGUGAUGGUGAAUUAUCCCGGAACAACAGUCCAUUGUAUUUUUGAAUCUGUUUCUUUUAACAUCACUCCAACAACUUUUCUUAGGUAUAGUAAUCUUGGUACAGCUCCUCCUUCUUUUGCCAUUCCUCAAUGGAUAGGUAAUAAAAAUGUUCUGUCAAAAUGA